CGGGGGCGGGCCGUGCCCGAGGGGUUGGGGCAGUCCGGGGCAGUUCCGGGGGCAAGACAGCCCCCUACUGUGGCAAUCCCGAGGGGGCGGGGCAGUUCCAAGGGGCGGGACAGCCCUGAGGGGACGGGGCGGGGCUAAAAGUAAAGCAGCCCGGAGGAGCGUUUGGCGCGAAGGUGUCUUAGCUGCGCUACCUGCGACGGCGCUGCCUCAUACGUAGUCCCUUCCUGUUUUCUCCACGGAGGCUUUUCCACUCCUUGCUUCGUUAUUUUGCCACAGAGCUUGAUAUCUCUUCACCGAGUACGUCAUGGCUCCCAAGAAAUGCCCAGAAACCCAGAAGUCCCCCGACGUUGCGGUGCUCCUCAGGAGCAAAAGUCGCAGAGGUCCUCAGGAGCUGGAGCCCGAAGCCAAGAAGCUGCGUGUGCAGGGUCCCGUUUCUAGCAGGACAUGUGAGUCGUGCUGCCUUCUGGCAGAGUUGUCCAGCCUGCAGAUCCCUUCACGGAGUAGCAGCAUUGUCAGGGAUCUUUACCAGCAUAAGUUGGGCAAAGCCACCUGGUCAUCACUACAGCAGGGUCUGCAGAAGUCCUUUUUGCACUCUCUAGCUUCUUACCAGGUAUUCCGAAAAGCUGCCCCCUUUGACAGGAGGACUACGUCCUUGGCAUGGCACCCGACUCAUCCCAGUACCCUGGCUGUGGGCUCCAAAGGGGGAGAUAUUAUGAUCUGGAACUUUGGCAUCAAGGACAAACCUAUCUUCCUUAAAGGGAUUGGAGCUGGAGGAAGCAUCACUGGGCUGAAGUUUAACCAUCUCAAUACCAACCAGUUUUUUGCCUCCUCAAUGGAGGGAACAACCAGGCUGCAGGAUUUUAAAGGCAACAUUCUCAGAGUUUAUACCAGCUCAAACUCUUGCAAGGUCUGGUUUUGCAGCCUUGAUGUUUCUGCCAAGAGCAGAGUGGUGGUUACAGGAGACAAUAUGGGACAUGUGAUCCUGUUGAGCACAGAUGGCAAGGAGCUUUGGAACCUCCGAAUGCACAAGAAGAAAGUAGCCCACGUGGCCCUGAAUCCCUGCUGUGAUUGGCUUCUGGCCACAGCCUCCAUAGAUCAAACAGUGAAGAUUUGGGACCUGCGCCAAAUUAAAGGGAAAGACAGCUUCCUCUACUCACUGCCUCACAGGCAUCCUGUCAAUGCAGGCGACCUGGCAUUCACGGCACAACCUCAUUGUUGUGGGCCGAUACCCAGAUCCUAAUCUUAAAAGUUGUGUUCCCUAUGAACUAAGGACAAUAGAUGUGUUUGAUGGAAGCUCAGGGAAGAUGAUGUGUCAGCUCUAUGAUCCAGGAUACUCCGGUAUUACUUCGGUGAGACUUGGGCCCCCAAACAGUGAUGGGAGGAAGCAGGGAAUUUCUCAUUAGAAGUAGUCCCCAUUUACUGCCUCUGUACUGCCUUCAACCCAGCUUCACACCGAUACUCUUACUUUUGUAGCUCAAUGAGUUCAAUCCUAUGGGAGACACACUGGCCUCUACUAUGGGUGAGUAAAAGCAACUGUAUCUCAAACUGUCUAAGCCUGGCCCUAUCCGAGGCUGCAGUGGAGGCUGAAUUCACCGUAGCUCUGCCCUAUUCGUCCCAGGGCAGUGGGCAGUAAAUAUAUCUUGGAGACAGUGGUAUCUGGCCUAGGUCACCCAUCUGGUUUUAUUUUAGUCAUGGCAAUGUCAGUCUGUUAGUUCCCCAAGACAGCCCCAACCUCUGAGACAGACCAGCAACAGAAGGUGUCAUUCAGACUUCUUGUUUCUUCUAGGUUAUCAUAUUCUCAUUUGGAGCCAAGAGGAAGAUGGGUCACAGAAAGAUCAUGAAAGACUAUGAAGAUGGUGUGGGACAGCAAUACUGGACCCCACAGAUGGGAACACAUUCUGUGAGGAGUGGCAGCUGUUUGUUAAUAGGCCAAAAGUACCCAAUUCUUAGGGUUGGAGCAGGGACACUUGUGACAAGGGAUACUGUGGGACUAGGAUGCUGACAUGUUACUGCUCUAGAUUUUGCUCCAGAAAAUUAAAGAGUAAACCAGCUACGCUCAGGGUCCCAGCUAUAUCUAGCCUGGAGGCCAAGUUUAUGCUAGAGCCAAGGUACUUUUCUUUUUUCUGAUGUAUAGGAGCAAAAUAACCAGAGAAUUUUAAAACUUUUAUGUUCAAUUUUAGCAUGGCCAAUAAAAGCAUAUCCUUUGUAUCUAACUAAAAA